GAAUUCUUGGCACAAGCAAGAACUGGCUGGAAGAAACUUCACAAAGGAGAGAAAUGGUGGGCAGAUACCACCUGAUCUCUGAGCAGGAUGGAAAGCUAUCAGGACUACAAUUGGUGUUCGCACAGUUACCAGAGUGGGGAUGACGAUGAUGAUUUCAGUGAGGGAGAUGAGCUACCCCAUGACCCUAACUUAGCCAAGGUGAGGUCCAGAAGCAACAGCCGCUCUCGCCGCCGCAAUUCCUUCUUGGUGGAUGAGUUGGACAUGCUGAUGGACAAGGCAGCUACUACCAUCCAGGCUGCUUGGCGGGGGCACCUGGCACGGAAGCGCAUCAUGUGCGAGCACGCAGCUGCCUCCGUUAUUCAGGCUGCCUGGAGGCGCUUCAUCACCCGAGAGUACAUGGCCAUCCAGCGGGACCAGAGGUUCUCUGGGCAGGUCUAUGGGCGCCGAAGGAAAACCCCUUCCCUGGUCUCCUUAGAGGACAGGAGAAGACCCCGAAGUCGUCCCACAAAGGAUAAGGAGCAUGCCGCCCAGGUUAUUCAAGCCCACUACCGUGGGUAUGUGACCCGACGGGCCCUCUCUGAGUGCAAAAAGGCAGCUGUCACCAUCCAAUCACACUGGAGGGGUUACCGCACAAGGCAGGAAUUGGCCCAAAGUGGUCAACGCAUGUACCAUCAUGGCAGCUCACGGGGGACCUACUACAGCCAACCCAGCUAUGUGCCUGGCAGCACUGGAUGGAUGGGCCCCUAUCCUCGCAAACAUUGGCGCAAAGUCAUGGUGGGAGACACCGAGGAGUGGGCAAGAGCACGGUCUCAGGCCCAGCCGCCUACACGGGAAAGAAAGCGUGUGGGAACCUCCCAGCCAAAAUUGUGCCCUCAGUGCGGGAGGUGCAGCUCUGUCCGUAUUCUGGAAGGGGUAGGCAAGGGCCCACCCUCUGAAUCAGAAAUGGACGACAGCGAGUGCGAGGGCCAUUCUUCUCGCUCGACGUAUGGUAGGCAGAGAUGCUCAGCGUCCAAGGUCACAAAGCGCCAGGGACCUGCCCCUAGACCUCAUUCUUAUGGGGCCCACAUGUCCUGCCAGACCAGUUCCAGAUCCUAUUACUCUGGCAGCCAUCAUGUGGUGACCGAAGACCAGCCACGGAGACAAGGCCGAGACCCCGGAGGGUUAGCCCAACGUUAUGCCACGGGGCAUACAUCUGCCCGGCCCAUCCGGGAGAGGAACACAACCCGGAGUUUCUCCUCCACCAGCCUCCAGCAGCAAGGAGCUCCAAGCCCGGGCACCUCUGACUGGCUUUAUGAGAAUUAUUGUGCCCGCCGGAUGGGUGAAGGCCAGAGACGGGUAUUCAAGACGAGGAAACAGCUGUGGCAAGUGGCCCGGGCUGCCACUCUCAUCCAGUCCUUCUGGCGGGGGUGGAAAGUCCGGCGGGCCUUGGCUGUCCAGCGGGAAGCUGCUACCAAGAUCCAGUCAGCUUACCGUGGGUACAAGACUAGAAUCUACCUUAUAGAGGCAGGAGUGCUGAGUGAAGGAGAUACAGAUUAAAGCUGUUUUAGAGAGACAGUGUCCUGUUGUGUCCAAUAAGAGGAACCGGGGUGGAUGGGUUACUGUGCUCAGCAAUGGCUCCUCUUCAUCCUGGAGAGAAGU